UACCAGCUGAUCAUAGUACGUUAUCGGCUCGUAAAGAGAACGGACGCAUCGUGUCGAAGUCAGAAAGUGUUUAAACAAAGGCAUUGUGUUUCUUAUCUUGGAUAAAAUUGUUUAUUAUGACAUAUACAGAACAUAUUCUGAAAAUGGAUGAAAGUAAAACAAAGCCGCCUUCCACUAUAGGUAAAGCAGUAAAACACGUGUUAGUUCAGGCCAUGGAACAGAAUCGGGUCAAUUACGGGGUGUUCGAGUGUGUGGAUAUACUAGAAAGAGAUACAGAGCGAGUAAUGGUAGUGAUACUUCCUGAUACCAAGGUCAAGGACGCCGCUCUGAGAAUACAGCACACUCUAAUUGAGGCAUUCUGUCGUGAAAAUGAGGUCAAGGUUCUUAAGGUUGAUUGCGCCACAAAAAUUUCCACCAUAUUUACGUCAACCGCUUCUAAGGAACAAAAAGAAAGAUCGUUUGCAACCGAUUUCAGCUGCAUUCUAGUCAAGAAUCCGGAUAUUCUCAGUAAAGACGAUGAGUUCGUGACGGAUUACUGCGAGAACUUCAUGCUAGGUGGACUGGUACCCCACGGCUGUGUUGAAAUACCAGUCUGAAACCGUACAACAUCGCCUCGUGAGCAGGGGUCUAGCUUUACAUAGGGCUGUGAAUAAAUCACAUUUUCAGCGAGACAUCGCAGAAGUACAUCAGUAAUGGCGAUUUUGGUCGAGACACUUGACGUAGAUAGGUUGACAUACUGGUCAGAGACAGAAAUGCAAAGGCGCACAGCACGAUAUGAGAUCACGCGAGAUAAGGAACGACGACAGACCGGUUCUUCAGCUACAAAAAGGACCGGUACCCAUCAGUAAUGCAUUUGUGGAUGUUCGAUGCUGCUAGGCCUUAGGAGGAUCAUGUGAAUGAACAGGAAUAUUGAAAGGGAGACAAAAACAUCGAAGUUUAUCUGGCUAUUGGAAAAGCGAAACCGAAUGAACGGAACUGAAUGGCAGAAUAGGAAGGAAUUAAAUGUCAAGGAAGGAUUUUUUUCUGGUGAUUGACAUAAACACGGAAGCGAGUAGGAGGGGAAUUUAGACGGGUGGCAAUUCACAAAGGACAAGCGACCUUAACUUAAUUGGAAUUUACGCUGACAUUUUAUGACAUUCAGAGAGAAAUGUGAUUUAAUUUGACUAUCAUGAUUUCAUGCAUGUAAUGAGGCAAUGUAAUUAUAGUAAACAACAUAUGUUACAGUUUAUCAGUUGAAUACCAUUUUGACUGACAUAUGUUGUUGAUACUUGUAUGUUGAGAAAAGUUUUUAUGUUGUUUUAUGUUCUACUUUGAAGGAGAUGAUGAAAAAAAGCGUUUGAAAUUUUUGUUAAAGACACUGUAAACAAGUAUUAUAAUAGCACUGUUGUUAUUUAUAAUGUAUACGGUUUAUGUGUAAUAUAUUUUGACGACGCACAUCAAUAAACAUAAAAUGAAUAAA